AUGACGUUCUCUCCAUUAGCUAGCCAGUGCAUCGCUGAGUUCAUUGGAACGUUUCUUUUUGUGCUCACGAUCCCGUUGGCCUCACUUGGUGUUGGAUCUCUUGCUCCGCUGCCGAUUGGAUUCAUGCUCGCGGCAAUGUCAUUUUCCUUCGGUUACAUCAGCGGGGCUCAUUUCAAUCCGGCAAUUUCCUUUGCCACGUUCAUCAACGGUAAGAUUCCCUUUAAGCAACUAGUAUUUUACAUGGGAACGCAGAUUGUGGCGGCGUUUACGGCAUCACUGUACGGCUCUGCGAUUGUUGGGCUUGAUAUUCCCGUUCCGUCAACAGACGUGGAGCUGGUGAGUGUCUGGCAGGCCAUCCUGUGUGAAAUGGUGUACACCUUUGCAUUGACCUCGGUGGUGCUGCAUGUAAACUAUUCCAGGCAGCGGAGUAAUGAGUUCUACGGCUUUGCGAUCGGCAUGACAGUUCUCUCCGCUUCCUUUGCUGUCGGUGGCUUCACCGGAGGCGCUUUUAAUCCUGCUGUAGCCACAGGCACACAGCUGGUUGGUUGCAUUGGCGGAAAUUGUAAGCCACUCAUUAUGUUUUGGAUAUAUUGGGUCGCUCCUCUCGGUGGGGCUUUUUUGGCCUCCAUGGCCUACCAGAUUCUUGACACUCACGAGCGUGACAACAGUACAGGUGCUUCGGGACAGGUAUUUUAA